UAUGGGAACCUUGGGAAGAAAUUGCAGUGCCCUGAGCAGAGAUAUUUGUCUUGUUGACAGCCACAGGUGAGGUGUUGGAAGACUGGAGAAUGGCUAAUGUGGCAACAUUAAAGCAAGGAUGCAAGGAAAAGCCAGGGAAGUACAGACCGAUCAGCCUGAUGUCAGCGGUAGGUAUCGUCACUGCCACAAUACUGACAAAGCCAAUGGAGCCUUGAUCAGGAUUACCCACAUUGAAGGAAAUGUUGGGAGUGAGUGGCAUCACAGAUCGUAUUCGUCAUGCUGGGAACUCCAGAGGAAUCUAUUUUUCAGCCUCUGCACUGAGCAACCACUUUGGGAAAUGGACAUCCAAGGAUCUUUGCAGUGGAAACUCUGGCAAAAACUCUGGCUCAGGUAGUCAGAGGAGGCCAAGCAAGCUCCAGCAUGGCAGAAGCUACAAAGCCCAACCUCAGCCCUACCAGCUCACUCUGCCACAAAUUAACAGCAUCCUGAAAACCAACGAGUACAGCUUCAAGGUGCCAGAGUUUGACGGCAGGAACAUCAGUUCCGUGCUGGGCUUUGACAGUAAUCAGCUAGCUUCUAAUGUCCCCAUUGAGGACAGGCGCAGUGCAGCCAGCUGCCUACAGAGCCGGGGGAUGCUGCUGGGGGUUUUCGAUGGGCACGCUGGCUGUGCCUGUGCUCAGGCUAUCAGUGAAAGAUUGUUGUAUUACAUUGCUGUAUCCUUGCUGCCUCGCAAGACCUUAAUCGAGAUAGAAGACGCGGUCGAAAAUGAGCGACCAGUGUUGCCCAUUUUGCACUGGCACAAGCAUCCCAAUGACUAUGUCAGCAGGGAGACAGGAAGGCUUUACUUCACCAGUUUAAGGACUUACUGGCAAGAAUGUAUUGACCUGGUAGAUGAAGAGAAGCUGGAUACUAGUGCUGCUUUAAAACAUGCCUUCAAUCGCCUGGACAGUGACAUCUCCCUCGAAGCUCAGAUCGAAGCCGGCAAUCCAUUCACCAAUUAUACUGCACUUCGGGUGGCUCUGUCCGGCUCCACAGCUUGUGUCGCACACAUCAAUGGCACUGACGUGCACGUGGCAAAUACUGGCGAUAGUCGGGCAGUGCUGGGCGUCCAAAACCCCGACGGCUCCUGGUCGGCCCUGACACUGAGCACCAGUCACAAUGCCCAGAACCCUGAGGAGGUGCACAGGGUCCGGUCGGAGCAUCCUGCGUCAGAGGAGAAGACGGUCGUGCGGCAUGACAGGUUGCUGGGCCUCCUGAUGCCUUUCAGGGCGUUCGGAGACGUGAAGUUCAAGUGGAGUUUGGAACUCCAGAAGCGAGUGUUGGAAAGCCGACCAGAGUUGCUGACAGGCGACGAGUUCUUCAGAAGCUACCCAGCCAACCACCACACUCCCCCUUACCUCACUGCCGAACCCGAAGUCACUUAUCACAGGCUGAGGCCUCAGGACAAGUUCCUGGUUUUAGCUACCGACGGCUUGUGGGACAUCAUGCACAGGCAGAACGUGGUGCAGAUUGUAGGGGAGCAUCUCACCCGUCUGCACAUCCAGCAGCCCAUCUCUGCAGCAGGCUACAAAGUAACAGUGGGCCAGAUGCACAGCCUCCUGCUGGAGAGGAAGGCCCGCAUGUCCUCAGCUUUCAAAGACCAAAACACCGCCACCCACUUGAUUCGCCAUGCACUGGGCAGCAACGAGUUUGGCAACAUUGAGCACGGUCGCCUUUCGAAAAUGCUGAGCUUGCCUGAGGGGAUGGCCAGAACGUACAGGGAUGAUCUAACCGUGGUGGUGGUGCAGCUGAAUUCUCACCUCAUUGGGGCAUACAACAGAGCUGAAGACAGCGUCAACUGAAAACACAUUCAGCUUGCUCCUGUAACGGAAACUGUGGGCUGAUACUACAAGGCAACAAAACUAUUUUCAGUGAUGAUGAUGUAAUGAAAGGAAAGGAAAUGACACAUUGA